GUUGUUACGAACUCGGGUGGCAUGUGAAGGUUUGGAGCCUGUAAUAUUACUGCCCAGUCUUUCAGUGGAUCCUUCAACCUUCCUGCUGAAAUGGCGGAUCGAUUUCCGGCUCACGACGUUCUUGCUGUCUGGGAUUUGUUGCAUUGGGAGCGGGAAUUGAUUAACAGAAAUUGCUGUAAAAGGUCCUUUGGAGAUGGCAAAACAGGUCACAUAGGCUUUUCGUUCUACCCAGCUUAAUUGGACUGUGAUGAGAUCAACUCAAGCCCGCCAUACAAGAGUUGCAACAUGUUAGAAAGUUUAAGUGGUUUGUGGGCGUUCCUCUCACGGACCACUUAUACAUUGUUCGUGACAGACUAGAAUUGAGGCAGCUAGACCAAAACCACGGCUUCUGGAACGAUGGUGAAGUGCGUUCCCCGGUUCUGCAACCUGUAGCGGAGAUGCGUAACUUGGUUGUGUUAAAGUUCCCAAGAGGUCGAAGAGGAGACAGACUUUUGCAGAAUUUGCAAUACUGCUGCAAUGUAACUUUUCAUCUAAUUAAAAUAGUCUUUCAUAGCAGCUGCUGGACGACGAUUAUUCUAUUGGUACAUUACGAAAAAAAGGCGAAAAUGGCGUGCUGAAAUGGAAACUCGUGGAACGGAUCCAUAGGGAUUUGACCGAGAGACCGCGAGAAUUUUCCAUAAAUUAAUCAUGUGGAACGUCGAGGACAAAUGGAAACACCACGUGUGAGGUGGUCGUUGGCUCCUGCGACAGUCAUCUCAUCUCUGCCAUCUCAUUUUUCCAGUGUUGGUAGUUGAUUUGUCACCGGCGAUUUACGUCCGUUAGCCGACUGAAAUAUAAAUGCGUUUCAGCUUUGGAAGUUGCAUUGAUAAGAGAAUUUCAUUUCCUUCGAAAGGCUGUUCCUUUUCAUCCGCAUAAUCACGAAAUGCGUUCGUACUGUCAAGAUUAAUGUCCGGACUGAACAAUGACGGUUUCCAGCCAACAAUUGGAGCUUGAAAAUGAAGUGAAUUUGUCGUCCAACGGCUAUGUUGCUUACAGCCAACGGCCGGAGACAUACAUUGUACCAAUCCUGUUUGGCGUUAUCUUCCUGGUUGGCAUCAUUGGCAAUGGAUGUCUCAUUUUCAUCUUUUGCCGUCACAAAUCGAUGCGUAAUCUUCCAAACCUUUACAUCUUCAACUUGGCAGUCGGUGACCUUCUCGUCCUUCUUUGCUCCGUUCCUUUCACGGCGACUAUUUACACGUUUGAUUCGUGGCCCUACGGCGAGUUUGUCUGCAAAGCCUCAGAGUUUGCUAAGGACACGUCUGUAGGCGUUUCCGUCUUCACGCUAACUGCCCUCAGCUUUGAACGGUACUCUGCCAUCGUAAAACCGGUCGAGUCGUUUGUCACUAACUCGAGAUCAAAGCUGUCUAUCAUUAUUUGUAUUGCGGGGAUUUGGUUGAUUUCCAUCGGGUUGGCCUUACCGGCUGUGCUGUUUUCGCACUUGUUGAUCCAACCCGGAGAAAAGAUUUCUGAGACUGAACGUAUUCGCGAUAUCAACGGGACAUUACUGGGUCCACCGUAUCACGAGAUCUUUAUCUGCUAUCCAUUUCCACCGGAAUUUGGCCCUGCUUACCCGAAGAUAGUCGUUGCUAGUCGGUUAUUAAUUCAUUACUGUUUGCCUCUGCUCGUAAUUGGCUUCUUUUAUACAAUUAUGGCUCGGCAUCUCAUACAGAGUCUUCAGGUUAUUCCUGGCCAGGCUACGCUGGAGACUGUCUUGCCUGUGCGUCGUCGACAAGCGUCGGAGAUUUCUAAUAAUUCUAACAAGAAUCGGGAAUCCCGUAUCAAAGUUGCCAAGAUGGUGCAGUACUUCGUCGUUCUUUUUGCCAUUUGCUUCCUGCCAAUGCACAUCUUUUUCCUGUGGUUUCAUUUCGACCCCCGCUCGCGGGAGAAUUUCAACAAUUCUUGGAACGUUUUCAGGAUUUUCGGCUUUGUUUUGGCCUACACCAAUUCUUGCAUAAAUCCCAUAGCGCUGUACUGUGUUAGUACCAAUUUCCGCAAACAUUUCAACCGUUUGCUUUGCUAUUGCAGCGAUAACGACGUCUUCAGAUCUGGUGGGGCAAGUCAAAGUCUUCGCCCCGAUUGUCGUCAAGGUGAUCAUUCACUUGUCGAGCUUCGUGGUCAACACACACGUCCGUCCGAGUACACAGUAACGGGUCAGCAAACGCUUUGUCAAUCUUUCGACGAAAGAUGUUAAGUAGCUGCUUUCCUCUUCCUCAAUCCUCCCCACUCCCCUCAGAAAGAAAUGACAUGAUAACUUUACUUAUAUACCCUUGUUAGUACGCACUUGUUGGUACGAAAAGUUGCUGUCAGUAUUGUGAAUCGAGGGACAUAAUUGAUUGUUAGGUAGCUAUAACUAAAACGUAUUUCAACGUCUAUCUCUUUGGUGUCCUUAAUGUAUGUUUUCUUAACAACUAUUUUGUGUAGUUUAUUCGGGAAAGCAGAUUGGAAUCUUAUGCUAUUGUAACUUGACUAUACAUUCAUCUUAAAUCACUCCCUAAAAUGGUCUUAUGGAACUGAACAGUACGAACGUUAUUUACAAUUCAAAAAUAUCCAAUCUGAAUUUCUAUUACUGGAUAUAUUAAAUUUGCCUAGAUGUCUUGAAUUUGUUCGAGAGAUGUAUUUUGUAUCACUAAUACAUGUCAUUAGAGCGAAAAAUAAAGCAAAAAUGACUACAACAAUAA